CGGGCUUGUCCCGCCCCCUAUUCAUUCAGCAGACACUUUACUAAACUGCGGCUGUACUACCUUAACUACAUAACGGAAACUUGCAGAUGACUUACAGUGUGACAAUAUCACAUUAGUAGGCCAGAAAGAAGCGAUUUACAAUGCCACAUCUGGACAGUAUUACUCCAAAUAGGAACAGUGAAAAGUAACAUUAAAACCUUGCUAACGUCACCGAACCUUUUUCUCAUUCUUUUGACAUUAGAGCAUCUUUAAUCCAACAAUGAGAUGUUUGGACAGUGAACCUCUGUAGGAACUCACGGCUAACAUUAAAGGCGAGUCGACGCUGGGGAAAUGAAGUCUCUUCGACUUGUUUUGUGGUUGCUGCUGAACUUUGUCUGGAUGCUCAGACAUGAAGUGUCGGGGGCUCAGGCAGCCUCAGUACCCAGUGCUGCAAAAACUAUGGUAUGGGGACCUGGAUUGGAGGCAAACAUAGUCCUACCAGCUCGAUUUUUCUUUAUACAAGCGGUGGACAGCUCGGGGAGAAAUUUCACAACUUCACCUGGUGAGAAGACCUUCGAGGUAAAGAUGGUCUCUCCUGCAGAGCCGUUCGUCAGGAUAUGGAUCCAGGUUCUGGAUCGUAAUGACGGCUCCUUCCUGGUUCGCUACAGAAUGUAUGCCACCUAUACAGACCUGCAGAUCAACAUUCUGCUCAAGAACAAGCAUGUUGCCAAGUCGCCAUUUAUUCUCAAAGGCCGAAGCUGCCACGAGGGCUGUGACUGUCCCCAGCCCAGUGGGUCUGUAUGGGAGGAACAUAUGCACUGCUCUCAGUCCUUCCCACAGAUAGACAGAGACCUGGCUCAUUAUGCAAGCGUCGACCCAGAUCGCAAUGCAGAGGAGAUCCCGCAACGUUUUGGACAGAGACAGAGCCUCUGUCACUACACUGUCAAAGACAACAAGGUCUAUGUUCAAACGUUUGGAGAGCAUGUAGGUUUCAGAAUCUUUAUGGAUGCCAUCCUCCUGUCGCUCACCCGGAAGGUACAGCUCCCUGACGUGGAGUUUUUUGUAAACCUUGGUGACUGGCCGCUCGAGAAGAGGAAAUCCACUGAGAAAAUUCAUCCUAUCUUUUCCUGGUGUGGCUCCAACAGUACCAGAGAUAUUGUCAUGCCCACCUAUGACCUGACUGAGUCGGUCCUUGAGACCAUGGGAAGAGUAAGUCUUGACAUGAUGUCAGUGCAGUCCAAUACUGGGCCACUGUGGCCAGAGAAGAAUGCCACAGCUUUCUGGAGAGGCCGGGACAGUCGUCAGGAGCGCUUGGAGCUGGUCAAGCUUUCCAGGGCUCAUCCCGACAUGAUAGAUGCCGCCUUUACCAACUUCUUCUUCUUCAAACAUGAUGAGAGCCUCUACGGGCCGCUGGUCAAACAUGUUUCUUUCUUUGACUUUUUUAAGUACAAGUACCAAAUAAACAUUGACGGCACAGUGGCAGCGUAUCGACUGCCGUACCUGUUGGCUGGAGACAGCGUGGUCUUAAAGCAAGACUCCAGUUAUUACGAGCACUUCUACAAUGAACUCCGACCGUGGGAGCACUACAUCCCAAUCAAAGCAGACCUCAGCGACCUGCUGGAAAAGAUCGAGUGGGCGCGUGACCACGAUGAAGAGGUGAAGAAAAUUGCUCUAGCUGGUCAGCAGUUUGCCCGCCAUCAUCUAAUGGGGGACAGUAUUUUUUGUUACUACUACAAACUUUUGAAGGAGUAUGCCAAACUUCAGGUCACAACUCCAAAGGUUCGAGAAGGCAUGGAGCUAGUAGAGCAGCCCACUGAUGACCUGUUCCCAUGUUCCUGCCACAGGAUGAGGUCAAAGGAUGAACUUUGAUAACCCAACAUCCAGCUACAGAGAAAUCCUUCACAUCUCAUAUACUGCCAAAGAAUUUUAAAAGUGUAAAAGAAAAAGUAUGAAUGUCAUCAAUAUUGCAUUUUCUUUUCUUUGAAAGAAAUAAAUAUUUUUUAUAUGUGUAAAGUGAUUUUUUUGGACAUUGUACAAGUACCAAAAACAAACCACAUGCUUUCAGCAGUUUGAUACAGAAUGAUUGCGUCCUGAGAAAACAAAUGAGGUAAUUCAAGCUUAGAUCUCUAUUUUAAUCCUGUUUUGUCAACAUUUCAUCUGCUAGAGUGGCCCUGAAAGAGACAAACAGACCCUGCCAGCUCUCAGUCUGCUGCUGAGAAGCGUCCAGAAUUGUUUUUCCUACAGUGAUCCCCAGCAAUGCCAUUGUUCACUUGUUUUCUUUUGUUGUUGUAUAUUGGGGUAAUCUUUUUGUGAAGCUGUGAAGUUGCUUCAAGGAGCUUGAAGUUCCUCCUCUGGGAUUUCAGUUGCCCACCCCCUGCCAUAGACUGUUAAUAAUAAGGUGAACACCUUGUUCUUGUAGGACUUAACAGCUACUUGCAUGUUCCUUCGUUGCUAUGGAAACUGAACCCAGGGCUGUCUUGUGAGUCCAUGUGAAACCGAAUACCUGAUCCUUGAAGAUCAGUUUUUAUCUCAGAGCUUGUUAAAGUGAAAAAAUUGUGUGACUUUUUUUUCCACUUUCUUUGUUGCGCACAUGUUGAUAAAACGAUGUGACAAAGAGAAUUAUAGAAAAGAUGACAGAACUGAAACUGUAAUUAUAUUGUCUGUGUGACUUAAAGCCUCAUAACUUGAUUUUUAACACGACUGCUUUUGAUGUAGUUUGAGUAAACACAAACUACGUUUUCCUUUUACUCAAACGAGUGGCUUGUCUCUAGAAAGUAAUCGUAGAUGUUAAAAUGUUGUUUAGUUUAAACCUUUUACUCUUUCUCAACCAAACAAGUCUCGUAGUGUUACCUAAAUCUAAACGACUAGUCUUGUGGUUUGAGCUAAAUAAUAUUAGGCUUUGUUUUACUGAGGACGCACAACAUCUUGGAUAACUUUCUGAGAUAUCUGAAAGGAAGCAAGGAAGACUUAAACAAA